ACGGUCUCUUCUUCCAUCCCUCUCGACCAUGAAGAGACAGAACGCCCGGACCCUCGCCCUCAUCGUCAGCAUCCUCACGUACCUGGUGGUCGGGGCGGCCGUGUUCGAGACCCUGGAGUCGAAGCAGGAGAAGAGUCACAAGCGGCGGCUCGACGCCAGAAAGUAUGAGCUCAUGCGCAAAUACAACUUGAGCAAAGCGAACUUCGAGGAGCUGGAGCUCGUGGUGCUGCAGCUCAAACCGCACAAGGCGGGAGUCCAGUGGAAGUUCGCGGGCUCCUUCUACUUCGCCAUCACUGUGAUCACGACGAUCGGUUAUGGCCACGCGGCGCCCAGCACCGACUCGGGGAAAGUGUUUGUGAUGUUCUACGCCCUCCUGGGGAUCCCUCUCACCCUGGUCAUGUUCCAGAGCCUGGGCGAGCGCAUCAACACGUUCGUCAGGUACCUGCUGCACCAAGCCAAGAAGUGCCUGGGGAUGCGUCAGACCGAGGUCUCAAUGGCGAACAUGGUGACCGUGGGCUUCUUCUCCUGCAUGAGCACUCUGUGCGUGGGGGCUGUGGCCUUCUCCCACUGUGAGGGAUGGAGCUUCCUCCACGCGUACUACUACUGCUUCAUCACGCUCACCACCAUCGGCUUCGGGGACUACGUGGCCCUGCAGAGGGACGACGCGCUGCAGAACGACCCGCGCUACGUGGCCUUCUGCUUUGUUUACAUCCUGAUGGGCCUGACGGUGAUCGGGGCGUUUCUGAACCUGGUGGUGCUUCGCUUCCUCACCAUGAACACUGAGGACGAGCGGAGGGACGCCAAGCAGAAGGCCCUGAUGUCCGUCUGCAAGUCCCGAGGCGAGGUGGCUCGUCUUAUACCGCUCUCAGCCUCAACGUCCUCCACUCCUGUAGCAAACGACAGCUCAAGGGCUAAAGAUCCAAAAGGUGCCUACACCGAGGUGCUUCACUUCCAGACUAUAUGCUCGUGCCUGUGGUACCGGAGCAAGGAGAAGCUGCAGGGCUCCAUACCCACCAUGAUCCCUCAGGAGCUGACCUUCUCCGAUGCCUACUUGCAACAGAUCAACAACUGCUCUCCCUACAUGGAGCCUGGAUCGACAGGCUGCGUCUGCGGUCCACGUCAGUGCACGAGCACCAACUCCUCCACAGCCGGGCUGCGCUUCUUCUCCCCGUUCAGGGUGUUCAAGAGACGCAGCUCCGUCUAGCCUUUCUCUCCCUGCAGCAGAUUUCAGUUUGGCACGAUACGUCCUCACUGUCAGGCGGACAACAGAUACUUGAACAGUCCUCCCAGCAAAGACACGGCUGCAGGUAGAUGUCCGUGGUGCUAUAAUCCCAGUAAACCAACAGUAGGAGGCAGAAAAGGGAAAACAAACAUGCAGCCCUGUCAACGGCAAAAUCUUAAUCAAAUAUGUGUUCAAGGAAGAGCAGCUGCCGAUGUUUUGACUUCAGGUGUUUCAGGGGCGUGCAGAGUGCUUUGAAGAGUCGUGUGGGCGGGAACAUGUGUGUCACAUGAACAAAUGAACACAUGAGCACAUGAACACAGCCGAGGACACGUGAUGUGACGUGUGCACGGCUUGUAGGUGAAAGCAGAGCAGGAGCUGAAGGAGCAGACUGAGCAAAUAUCUGAAACAACUCUCAGCAGCAAAUCUCAUUUUUGUGUUUCUGUUUCUGUUUACUCACUUUAGAGUUUAUUUUUGGUUAUUUGGAAAAAAGGUCUCGAUGCUUUUCUUUAUUAACUUCUCCUCACAGUGAAAUCAUGAUUCCCUAAAACUUGAUUUAAACAAACCGUGACUGUCCGAACCUUUUCAGAACUGACACACACACACACACUCAUAACUUCACAUGACUCACACGUGCAGUUGCCUCUGUUAUUGUGUCAUCGUGUUUCAGUGCUCUCGGAAACGCUGAUGCAUCUGACCCAAACACUGCAGAAUUAUGUAACGUCACAAGUGGAAAAGUGAAAUGGUAAAACUGGUAAAACUGAAUCAGCAGCAAAGUCCAGUGAUCACAAGUAGACACUCACCAGCACUGACGCCUCUUAACAUUCAGUCAGCAGCGGCAGAAAAACACAGAAAAGCUCAAAUGAUCACUUAGAGUUAAAUAUUACAUAACAUACACAACAGAUUUUCUAAUAUCCAGGUUCCUGUUUGGGUUUUGACUCUUUCUCCUAUUUUUUCUCCGCUGCUCUUUUCGACCUGAACAUCUGCGAAGCUUCACAGAACUCAUCCACCAUCAAACAGAAUCUCCUCUGGAUCAAACAGAGGAUGCAAACUAUUUUUAGUAGCCGUCUGCGGUGACAGAUGGGAGAGUCGGGGGGGUUUUCUGUGUUUGGACAAUGGAUGAGGAGCCGGUUGUCAUUCGCAGACAAACAUGCCACAAUAGACCGAGUCUGAGCGACUGACGCAAAAGUUCAAAUCCACCCUCAGACACUGUCUCUCGUAUUUCUGGGACUAUUUUAGUGUUCGGCCGUUUUUUCUCUUUUCUGUGUAGGCGACAAGAUGUGAAGUUUCUUUUCUGGCAGCUACAGCAGAAGCUUUCAACCCCAAAGACGUUUGAUUGGUUUAAACCCUGCACAGAAAAUGUCAGUUUGGGGGAAAUCAAAUCAGAAAUGAGCAAUACAUUUAGAUUAUUUAUUAAUAUAUAUAUAGCAGAUCAUAUUUCUUGAUUAACUGACACAUUCUUUGCUCCAUAAAAUGUUAUUAAGAUUGGUGACAAGUAUUUUCUUUUAAUAAUCUCUGACUCCCUGUUGUGUCAAUGAGAAAGCAUCAUCUGUUUUCCUGUUAAUUGAUGAGCUGAUCUAUUUAUACACAUUAUCAGUCCGUCAGAUAAUGAAAUAACGAAACAAUAUUUGCACGGUGGGGUAGAAGAUUAAGUCUGUUAUCAUCAGCAAACAUAUACCUAGGACAUCUAUGUGGACAGAUGAAAGGCAUGCUGGGAAAUGUAGGAAAUAGGUGCAGAUAGAAGAGGUGUUACGAACAAAAGUAUUAAGAUUAAAAUACAUUUAUUUGUCCCAGGUAGGGAAAUGUAACCUCUGCUUUUGACCCAUCUGGUUCAGGACACACAGAGCAGUGAGCGACCAUGUACGGCGCCCGGGGAGCAGAUGUUGGGGGAGUAAGGUGCCUUGCUCAGGGGCACUAGACAGGGCAGGGAGAAUCCUCUUGGAUUUUUGGGCAGAUCAAUCCAGGUUCGUCUUUUUGUUGUUUCUCCAUGGAGUCGAACCAGAGACCUUCUCUGCCCAUAGUCCUGUUACUGCCACUAGUCCACACUACAAGUAAAAGUCCGGCACUCAAAAUCGUUACUUUAUUUAUAAUACAGGGAAACAGCUAAAUAUACUUGAAGUAUCAAUAAUAAAAUGAAUCCAAUAAUCUUCUGUGUGACAGAUUUAAUAGUUUGAAUAUUACAGAAAGUGUUUCAUAAUAUUUCCCUCCGAAAUGAUUAUUUCACAAAAAUGUAAAAGAAAGUGAAAAAAAAACUUCAAUUAACAAACAUCAAUGAAAACAUAGGUGGAGGUAAUAACUGUAACUUCACAGAUUGCUGAUAUUCUGAACGUCUUCAGGGGGAUUUUCUUUUUCCCUUGAGAUCUGUUGAGAUCCCACCUGUGUGACGACAACAUGAUCUCAUUUGUUUUCUUAAGGAACUGAGACCGGCACUUCACGGAACACUUAAGUUGCACAUGUGAUAAAAAGGGAAAAUCAUGAUUUUAUAUGUGUAAUUUGGAUUUGCUUUUAAAAAACCAAUGACCCAGAAGACAAUUGUACUGUAUCCUGUUGCACUUGCAGGUUUUCCCUGUGUGCUUUGGAAAAUAAAAACAUUUCUAAACACA